AGAGAAAGGGAGGCAGCGGUAGCAGCUAGAGCCGCCAACAUUGUUGAUCAGGUGGCUCUCCUUCGGAUCCCGAAAGCCAAUGCUGACCGGUUCCAGGAGGAACUAGCUGUUGCUGUAGCAGCCUUGGUCCGACUGCGGACCUUGGAAAACCUUGAGUCUCGUAUGACAGCACUUGAGCAGCGGAACCAAGAGCUGCAGGCUAAGGUAAUUAGCCUUCAACAGUCCCAGUUGUCUGCCCCCCGCCCUCCUAACCCUCGAUCUGUCAUAGUCUCGGUCUCUCAAUCAAACACAGCCCUCAUAGUAAGAUCAAGUGGAACCAUGGCAAGCGUAGGAACCGGUGUCAGCUCCUCGAGCGGCAGCGCCGGCAGUUCUGCGUUGGUCAUGGUCCCAAAUGCAGGGACUUCGGCCCAAAACGCCACAGGCCUUACUGGCGUUCAGUACAGCGGUCCCAUGGUGGACAAGCGGGCGGCCACGCUGCUGCCCAAGCACGACGGGAAGGCAGACAUCAACUCUUGGAUUAGUUCCAUGCGGUCGUACUUCGAGGUCAUGCGGACACCGCAAGAGGACCGAAGUAUGAUCAUGGGGACUAAUAUUGAGUCCGCCGUACGAAACCACAUUAAGCUCCAAGUUGUCGCAGCAGGCUAUGAACGCAUAGACCUGACUGAAUGGCUGAAGGUCACCCCUGUCCGCGUCCUUGAGGAUCUUCUCCUUGAUCGGUAUCAAGAUAAACAUGCUGCGCUCAAGGCUAGGCUGAAGCUUGAGGCCCUCAAGGGCCAAACAUGGAGAUCAUCCAUGCAGGCUUUGGAACAACACUUGACUGGUUUGUUCACCACACCGGAUCUGGGAAUGACUGACGUGUCUUGUAUGGAUGUAGUCAUGGGAGUGGCCCCUAAAGAAUACCUCUCCCUGCUAGCACUCAAAGACCAUGCCACCUGGCGAGAGCUCAUGAAGGAUCUAGUCAACCUAGAGGCCAAGGACCUCGCCAGGCGUAAGAAGGCGCCUGCUGCAGAUCCCAACCUCACUUUCGUAGUCACUACGGAUGCGAGCCAGUUCGGGAUUGGUGCAGUGAUGCAACAAGAUGAUGGUGAUGGCCUGCGUCCGCUCGAGUAUUACAGCAAACGCAUGCCCAGCCACAAGGUAGCUACUUCCACAUAUAUGCGCGAGCUCUACGCCCUGCGCGAAGCUCUCGCACAUUGGAAGCACUACCUCUUGGGUCACCACUUCAAGGUCUACUGUGAUAAUCAGACCUUGCAGUGGAUUCAAAUACAAUCUGAACUCUCUCCUACAUUGACCCGCUGGUUGCAUGACAUUGAUGUCUAUAGCUUUGAAUUGAAACACAAGAAAGGUUGUUAUAACCGUGUUGCUGAUGCUUUGUCGCGCCAUCCCGAGUAUUUGUCUUGCCUUGUGGACUCUUACGACCUCCGGAGGAAUCUGAAGGAGGAGCUCGUCGAACACACUGCCAAGGAUCCGGACCUUAGUCCCAUCCUUGAGCAGCUCAAGGCUGACCCCAACAGUCAGCCUGAUUUUCACGAAUGCGAGGGUCUUGUAUUUCGUCGGUACGGAAAGUUUGAUCGUUUAUGUGUUCCCAACCAUGCGCCUCUCCGGACUCACUUCUUGGAUUUGGCACAUGGUCGGAGUGGACACUUCGGCUUCGAAAAGACAUAUGGGAGUUUUUUGCAGCAGUUUGACUGGCCGGGUAUGAAGGGAUCUGCUCAGAAAUUCAUCGUUGAGUGUCAAGUCUGUCAAAGAACAAAGGUCCAUAGGCAUAAGCCUUAUGGCCUGCUGAGACCCCUCCCAAUUCCUGAUGGUCCCGGGGAGUCGGUCUCUAUCGACUUCACGGACAUGGGAAAGGUGAGUGCAGCAGGGAAUUCACAAGUUAUGGUGAUUGUGGAUCGCUUUUCUAAAUUUCUGAACCUGAUCCCUCUACCUCCUCAUGCACCGACUGAGCUAGUAAUUGAAGAAUUUCACCAACAGUACAUUUUGCAGUAUGGACCCCCGAAAACUCUUGUGAGUGAUUGGGAUACUAGAUUCAUCAGCGCCGAUUGGAAGGACUUCACAUCAGAACACGUGGGACAAAGAGUUGCACACAAUCCCCUCUCCUAUCUGUUCCCCGAACGGUCACCUGGUCUGAUGCCCGGCAUGCCUCGCUACAAUGCCAAGUACGCACGCUUGCUCAAAGUUGUUACCGCAGCCAUGAACAAGCGCCAGCAUGCCAUGAUCAAACACGCCAACAAGCUGCGCAAAGAAGAAAAAUUCAAAGUUGGGGAUUAUGUUUGGGUCAAAAUGUCUGAGUUUUCUGAUGAAGAGGGCGUGUCACGAAAGCUUCUUCCACUGUACUACGGCCCUUGGCAGAUCCUGAAGGUGAUUGGGGAUGAUUUCGGUCCUUCGUAUGUGAUUGACGUGCCUCCUCAUCUGCGCACGUAUCCAGUUUUCCAUGCCUCCAAAUUGCUCCCACACAUUGAUGAUGAGACCUUUCCCUUCCGAGACCCUAUGAUACCUCGCCCUAUUGACGGCGGCCAUGAGAUUGACAGAAUCGUUUCUCAUGAAGGGGGAGGGAGGAACAGACAGUACAAGGUUCACUUCCUCUACCACCCGUUGAACGAAUUCUUCUGGAUCGACCGGAAAGAGCUGCUGAAGAGUGCUCCACAUGUUGUGAAUGCAUAUGAACGACAGAUUGUUGAUGGACAGACCGCUAAGUUUGCUGCAAAACUCACUCCGUUCGGUCUCACUAACACUCUCUUUUUGAUCUACACCUACAACGCCUUUUGUGCCGACUCUGACUGAGUUACUCGCUCGAAGGGACCUCGCUCUCGAGAGGGGAGUAAUGUAACGACCCGCCAAAAACACAGAUUGAAAACACUGCUGAUUUCAGGGAUUUUUCACUGGAAUGAAUGCCUUGCUGUGAU